UUCUCUAUAAAAUCUCUGCCUCUGUUUUUCUCUGUUUGGCUUCGCAUGGAGCUUUGUUGCAAUUCCACUGAAACUUCAUCUUUGCUGCUCCAGAAUCCAUUGUUCUUCCCUUCUCUUUAAGUUUAAGACGACCCGUUUUGUUAAUUAUCGUUGAGUUAUGUUGCACGAGGUGAUCGUCGGCGGCAGCGGUUCCGAAUCGGAGCAAAUGCUUCCCACUGAAGAAAUCUCGAGUCCAAUCAACGCUCAAAUAUAUGAUUUUUGUGAUUCCGAGUUGUUCUCAGAGAUGCUUCAAAACUCCGAGGAGUUCAAUUCUUACUCGAAUUGUUAUUACGACAAUAAUUCAUCAUAUGCUACAAAUCUGCCUCAUUCCCCAGAUCAAGCAGAUAACAACGGCAAUGAAAAUGGCAAUACGGUCGUUGCUGCUCCAUCGUUCGUACCAGCUAACGAUGCAUCGGCUACAACGAACAUUACGACCAACAGUAAUUUGACUACUAUCUUUGAUUGCCAAGAAGAACUUGACAAUGAUAUCUCUGCUUCCAUAGACUUCUCUCCAUCGGAUUCGUUUUCAAUCGCUCAAUAUCUCACCAUCCAGUCGGGGCAGUUCGACAUUUCUCAAGUGCAGUCUCAGAUGCCAUUACUAGAUCCCAUGAUUGAUGGGCUUCUGCAGUGUCCUAUGGCUCCAGGAACUCUCAUCGACGAAGAUCUACCUUCGAUUUACGUCGACGAUUGCUUGUCUUCCUUCACUUCCUACAUGCCAUUGAAUCCUUCCUCCCCUUCGUGCUCGUUCGUCGGAGCAACCAUGCCAACUUACCUGCCUACGCCACCAAUGAACCUCACUGCAUCGUCGUCGUCGGUCGAAAAUUGCGGUAUGUUCCCGCUCCUCAGCGCAGAAUUGCAACCACAAGACCUUGACUAUCAAGGAGACAACUGUGGACUCUACAGCCAAGACUAUAUGCAGGGGACUUUCAAUCCAGCAGAUCUUCAGAAGGUACUUAGCGAUGAGAAUCUGCAACUGGCUGCUGGGGCAAUGAACUGCACUUCAUUAGCAUCAGAUCUCUCAAGCUUGAAGGACAGUACUUUCAAAGUUGGCAAACUCUCUGUGGAAGAGAGGAAGCAGAAGAUUCAUAGGUACAUGAAGAAAAGAAACGAGAGGAACUUCAGCAAGAAAAUCAAGUACGCCUGCCGAAAAACGCUAGCAGAUAGCCGCCCACGGGUUCGGGGACGGUUCGCCAAGAACGACGAAUUGACGGAGAAUCACAGGGCUGCUUGUAGCAUCCACGAAGAAGAAGAAGAAGAGGUAAAGCUUCUCUCUAAGCCAACUUUUCAAAAGUCACGACUCUCUACAAUGGUAGUUGUGAAGGAAGAAGAUAGCAUGGUUGAUUCUUCAGACAUAUUUGCUCAUAUCAGUGGAGUGAACUCGUUGAAACGCAGCUAUCCAAUCCAGUCUUGGAUUUGAUUUUA